GCGAUGACUAGUGACAAUAAACAACAUAAAUUCAAGAGAUCUGUGUAUUUUUAGUCAAAAGCCUACACAGAAUUCGUGUCACUCUGUUCAUAUGGCCUAUGGAAUUCUUUACAGGUGUAUGAUCCCUGACGUUGCACUGAUUGAAAGAUGGCAAGUAAAAAGCAAAAGACAGCAGAAUACACGUACACAAAGCUUGCUGACCUACAAGCAAACAGUAUUGUCAACGUGUUUGGUGUUGUUAAAUUUGCCAGACCGCCAACGAAAACGCGAGGAUCAGAUUAUAGUAUGGUCUUAAGCAUCAUAGAUCCAUCACUGCAUGAGAAUGAUCAAAAGUUGAAAUGUCUGUUGUUCAACAGAGAGAAAAAUAGCUUGCCUUUCCUUGAUAUUGGUAAAAUUGUAAGGCUGCAUCGCCUGAAGAUUACACAGUUCCAUGGAGAUCUUCAGGGCCAGAGUGGACCUGGAUUUUCCUGGCUGGCUUUUGAUGAAGACAAGGAGUCUCCCCUAAGGCCCGUGUCAUCCAGCUCUAACUUCACCUUCACAGAAAGUGACAAAAAGAUGGUUGAGGAACUUCGUGAUUGGGUGGCUACACUGAACGACAUUCAGCAUCCAAAUAAAACCUGCUUUGCAGACAUGAAACCUCAACAGUAUUAUGAUAUCUAUUGUCAGGUCCUGGCUACAUGCAUUUUAGAGGAAAAUGUAGGUUUUAUGUUACGUGUAUGGGAUGGAACCAAACCAAUGAAUCCUGUACGAGAAUUUGACGUCUCCAUAGGGGAGUUCACUGCUGAUAAAAGGCAGGAUUUGCUGGACGUAGCGGGACAUUUUGCACUGGAUGUAGCCUUGUAUGAUGAUCAUUAUGAAACUGCAAGAAAAAUCAAGCCAGGACAGUUUAUAAAGUUAAACAACCUCCAUGCUGCCACCUUCGUAUCGGCUGAGAACCGACCAGAAAUGUCGGAGUUACCUAUGAUAGAGCUGGUCAUUCACCGCGGCACAGCGUACGGUAGAGGUGUCCAUGUUAUAAAAGAUGAUUUCGAUGGAAUCAAAACACUGAAAGAAAGACUUGAGAAGGUCACAGCAGAGGUCAGGAGAAGAGGAGAUUCUGAAACUUCAGAACAUUCCAAUUCUGCUGCCAGGAAAGUUACAGAAGUGGUGGAUAAUUCAGGGAACUGUAGGAGUCCUAAUGGCAACCAUGACAUAUCAACCAGUCAGCCAGCAAUAAACUUGUCUUCUGACAAUGCUCAGGAAGUGACAAUGGAGGUAUCAUGUGACCGUAUAGACCAAUCACAACCCCACAAGAGUUUCACAGGAGAACAAACCCACCACUCAAAUUCGCAGCAGUCACAGAAUUGGGCUAGAUGCAUGAUGCAGACAUCAACAGUUGUUCUGAAUCAUCCUCAUAUCCAGUGUACAAAUAUUAAGGAUGUACUUUCACACAGCGUGCCUUAUAAAUUCAGAAUUCUGGCAAGAGUUGUAGACUUCUUCCCAAGAUUUAACAUACCAGAAGACAUCUGUAAACUGUACUGCCCAGAGUGUAACUACUUGUGUGAUGUCCCUUUAGAAGAAAAUGGGAAAACUACCUUGAAAAUUAGCAGAAGAGGAAGACAAUUAAAGCAUUACCUAUGUCCUGUCUGUAGUAAAGAUUCCCAGUUUGAGUUGGAGUAUAUCUUUAUGAUGAGAUUCUUGCUGAGAGAUAAAACAGGAGAGAUCUUGGUCAACCUAUGGAGGAAAGAUGCAGUGACUUUUUUCCAGGAUAUAACUCCAGUGGAAAUGCUGACAGAAUCAGCUUUGUGUACUGUGAUAGAAAACUGUCUAAAUGCUAUCUGUGAUCCUGACAAGAGUGACUGCCCUUGGUUUGAAUGUUGUGUAAAAUCCUACAAUACCCAGAUGGGAGUUCGUUAUCAGAUUUUUGACACCUGUUUAGCAUGACAUUGUUAUCAAAGAUAAAUUUUAAAAUGGUGCUUUAGUUAUUGUCAUAAAUAUUAAUUGAUUAUUAAAUUUAUAGGGAAUGAGAUCUUGGAUUUUUUCCCAGAAGAUGACAAUAAAUACAGGAUUCUGAAGGAUAAUUGAUGUACUUCUCAGUAUAUUACCAUGGAAUUUAGAAAUUGUUACAUUU